AUUGAUUGAAUUGAAUGAAUCGUAUUGUUGUUGUUAUUGUUGUUAUAAUAAUAAUAAUAAUAAUAAUAUUUAAUAGAGUUUUGUGUUUACAUUCAACUAAUCUAUUGUACAAACAAUCAGUCAAUCAUCGGGUGAUUCAUCACUACUGCUAGUAGUGGCCACUAAUUACCGCCCGAUAGAGAGAGAUAGACUGUCUGCCCGACACACACAAUGCCCGGACACGAUAUCAGCCGAUUUGUCGAUAUCACACCGUUUUUGGCCAAACAUUUCAAAUGCUGUAUCUGUUUGAACAUAUUCAACAAAGCCGUGACCAACCAUUGCGGACACACCUAUUGUCGGUCGUGUAUACGCCAGUGGAUCUAUACGCCGAGCGACGACUGCCCGGAAUGUCGACAUCCGUUGGCCACACGUAAACGAUCGCAUCAGUUGGCCGACGACGAUCGUCUGGCCGUUGUUAUCAACGGCUAUGUACUCGAAAACAAUCUGAAAGUCAACGCAAUGGUAGCCGAAAUGGUCGUCAAAUGCGAGUAUUCGGGUAACGGUUGCGAUCAAGCGAUGCCAAUGGAUCUGAUUGGCGGACACGAGCGACACUGUGGCUACAGGUUUUGUCCGACUUGCGGCCACAUUAUCGGCGACAGUGAUAGUAGUAGUAGUAGUGUUUCGGCCGCCGGAUCGUAUGGACAACAACAGCAGCAUAACUGUGUCGAUGUAUUGAUCGACGAAAAUCACAACUACAGAGACCGGAUCAAAGAACUGGAGGACAAGUAUUGCGAAAUGGACGGCCAGUGUCAGGAAUAUAAACGUCGGAUGUGUCUGUUUCAGGAACUGCUAAAACUGGCCAAAGCUCAGCAAAAACGGUUGAAAGAUCGUAACGCACGGCUGGAAACCGAAAUCCAGAUGAAAAUCGAAACAGAGUUCCAGUUGCGUCAGUCGUUGGACAAUACAAUCAAUGGACUAUCGGCAGCCGUUUCCACAGAUAUUGGCACCGAUGAUGAUGAUGAGGAAGAGCUGGACGAUGACGGCGACGACACUGUCGAGGAAGUGGAUGAUGAGGACAACGACGACGUUGAACAGGAGUUAAACAAUACGGUUGUUGUUAAUAUUAUUGGCGAACAAAUUCAGGCCAAUGCCGAUGCAGCCAUAGAUCUAAGCGAUGGCAACACUACCGAAGUAGAGGUCGAACAGUUCAGCAAUGAUGAUGACGACAACAAUGAGGACGAUGUGGAUGAAGAAGCGACUGUCCAUUUGAUGGCCACUACUAGUAGUACGACUCCUUCUACUGUACCCACAACUCCCAUACGAACCAUUCGUCGAUCAUCUGUUUCAUCUGUUAGCUCUAUGGAACCGGAUUACGUAACGUUCGGUACCUAUCGUGGCAGUUGUCGACUCAUUGAGUUUACCGGCGAUGGACUAACCUUACGAUCCAAUCGUAUCGAAAGCCUGGAAAUCGUACACAAAGACCUGAUUAGUAUCAAAUGGUACGAAAUGAAAGCUAUACUCUACUGUUUGGAUCCCAUACUACCCGUCAUAUUUGUGAUGCCAUUGUACGAGGCGUACAGCGAGAUCAAGGACUGGAUAGAUAUGGGCCAACAGUAUAAUAAUGGCGAGUCAUUCCUACUGUGCGCCAGAGGUAUUGAUCACCGAAACUGUUACGUUAAGAUAGUAUUGAAGACAAGUAUCGGUAUCGACAUAGUCAACACAUUGAAAAGGUUUAAAGAUUUGAACAAUAGUCUAGAGUGUAGGCCGAUAUCGUUGGACGGUGCAAGAAAACUACUGUUCCGCUAUCAUACCCGUACCAAACAUUGAUUGGAGCGCCAACCAUUUGGUUGUUAGUAUUAUUACUGUAUCGGUAAUAAUAAUAAUAAUACUGUAACUGUAGUAUAAAAAAAAAUUAUAUACAUUUAUCACAUGUUAUAUCCACUCAACAACAACAAAAAUAACUAUACAU